UAUCUAGCUGUGGACCUUCGUGGGUAUCUGAUUAGCCAGAACCUAAGACGGAGUAUUGAGCUUCGAACUCGCCCGUUUGAGGUUUGAAUUGCAAGCGAGCGUUUAUUAGUAAUUUCUUCCGGCUUAUAUACUAACAAUGGAUUCUGAUAUUUCUUAUGAGGAUUCCGUAUUCGUUGGAAUAUUUCGGGAGAUCCGCAUAUAAAUCAAGGAUGUUUUCCACAUCUGUUAUCCAACUGAUUAAAUCAGUCUGGAUUCUCAUCAAAUUUCCCUAAAUCUCGUACAAAAUCUGACAACAUUCCAAUGAGUGCGUUGGAUUUGGUUGGCGAAAGCGUCCUCGUCAGGGGAACAGGAAGCCGGUAUCACAUUUGGGUUUGUCCUUUUUAGAGAUGAUCCGGACUUCUCCUACUAAACUUAAGCGGUGCGAUUCUGGAUGAUCCAAGUGUCUUCUUAUUCGUUUCGUUGUUGUGGGAAUCAAAUUGACUUUUAGUAAAUUUGUUUCACUGCACUUUUUGCACUUUACAUCUUGUACACGUCUCGAACAGAGGUAUCUCCACGGAGCCUCCAGUUAAACGAUGGAUAUGUUAAAUAAUAACACCGUCGUUUUUGAGUUGUCGGAUCUAUUUAUGAUAUGAUUCGUUUAAACGAUUGUUACUGCGGGAACAAAUUCAGAAUGCGAGUUCUGUCACCUUAGAGUUCACCGCGCCAAGAUCGGUUAAUUCCGGAAACCUUCGCGCUUUACUCCUUUUGCCUUUAGGCUAAAGGGGUCGUAUACUGUCUAGUCGCAGUCUUAGAAACAGCAGAUUUAACGUAAUCGGACGUUAGGCUUGUUCCCAGGACUAGUUCCUAACGGUGGACCUUGUCUCACUGACUAGUCUCUUGUUGUUAAGGCGCUCGGAUUGACUGGUUCUGAUGAAUAGUUUUUAUACUGAAUGUUCAGGAGAAGUGUCUAUUUAUGGAGUCAUCGUGAAUGCUCUAUACUGUGUGAUACAUCCCGAAGUGGACCUUGUAGAGGUUUUAUACGUCCUCUGGAGAUCUUCAUUGUUUGAACAGAUUUAGUGUCAGGUGUGAUAAAUGAUCUGUUUGGCAAGUAAUACUGUUGAAUGUCAUUCCUGUACGUACGACGGAUCAUUCUGAAGUGGAGAAUGAUUCGAAUGCGAAGAGUUUUCUCUGGCUAGAAACAACCAACCGAGUGACAUCGAUAUGAAGAUUAAUUGUUGCUCAUCUAUCAUUUUACCGAUCGCAGAUCGUUUGUUUGAGGUAACUGCGCACAUGUGCACGAACGGCUUAUAACGUACGAGCCAAACAUCUAGUUACGCUAGUUUCCAGGAUGGUUUCACAGGUGGUAAAACUAUGGGCGGCAGUGCUUCUACUCGCUUCACUGCACAAAUGUGACGACGCCGUUGUGAGUGAGAAUCCAUCUACAGCAAAGAGCUCGUGCCUGUCAGAAGUGGGUGCCAUUUUGGACGCCCCACCAAUACAGUGUAAACCGCUAGUCGCCUGCAACCGGGAGGAGGUUCUGAAAAGCUACUACCAGCUGUAUGAAAAUUGUCGCAUCAAUGCUUCGAAGCGGCAGAGUGAACGGGAACAUUUCCUGUUCCGCAUUAACUACUGGCAGGGUGAUCAUCAGUUUCUGUACGGGAUGAUCGAGAAGGCACACGAGUCUCAUCGGCAUGUGCUGGACGCGGAAUAUCUUUCGCAUCGCGUCCCUCAGAUGAUACCUGAGCUCAAUCUCAAGCUGCUCGUCUACAGCAUUGAAGCGGGUCGUAUUGAGGACGCACUGUUGCUAUAUCUCACGAUGAAAAACCCAUGGACACCGCAGCAGUUAGUGAAGGCGAUCGUAGAACACCCGGACAGUGUUAGCGAGGUAGCCGUGUUGCAUCUGCUCGAGUUUGCACGCGGCUUACCGCUCAAAGCUACACGGGCCGAUCUGUACAAAGCCCUGGCGCCGGUAUUGGGCAGACAUAAUCUUUACACCUCCUACGUGCUUCUACUGUACGCCGGAGACGCGGCUGCCGUAUUUACUUCACCGAAAGAAAAGGCUGAUUACAUUACCAAUGUUGUCUUCAUGUUGUUCCACAACCUGCGCAAAGAGCUUCGAAAUCUAAAGUUCGACUUUAAUGUAUGGCUAGCGAACAAAUAUCCGCGCUACUACACGUUAUACCUGGACGAUAUCUACACGUUUCCUCACGAACUAUGGGAUAAGAUCGAAAAACGUCGCCUCUUUGAGAUACCGAGCAUGUUCGAAGCGAAAGGUCAUCGUUUUCAGGUGAUUGAGAAGUUCUUAAAGUAUGUGAGUAUCUACGAUAAUCGCGACCUAUACAAAAGGGAGGAAAUUCUACCCACGCUAGCACUGGAGGUGGAGAAACUUGCCAGAACAGUUAGGCAGACCGGUAAUAACAAACAGGAGCUGGAUCGUAUCAAAAAAAUUCAAGAUGGCUUUAAAAUAAUAAUACACGACCAUAAACAAAUCUAUCGCAUUUACUUGGACGACAUCAAAGUAAAUGGUAAGUUUGGAAAACGCCGUAUGGAAAUGGAAAAGCAUGGAUAAGUGAUGAUUGUGCGCAGAUAAGUGAUACCAAUGAAAUACAGAUGCAACUUCUAGGUUCUAAUGCAAGCAUAACAGUGUGGUUUACACAAGUAGUUCCGAUGACACUUUUAU